AUGGAACCCAAACGCGCCCAGCAGCGCUGCGCGCAGCUUUUCCACGGGACCAGAUGGUAUCAAUCUCUCAGCAUGCAAGAAGAAGAGGCACGCGUCUCCUACGAAACCGAUCGGGCGAUUAAGAUGGCGCGUUGGGCAUUAAACGAUGAGGUGCCCCUCGUGCCCCAGCGGCCCCGGCCAAGUUGCUUCCAGGACCUAACGCAAGGCGGCCCAGGACUGGCGGUCUCCGAGAAAUUUGUUGAGACCGUCCGAAGACACGAAGCAUGGCCCUUUGAAGAGACGCUAUUCAACGCACUGCGGCACUACCAGUCUACAAGGAAUAUAGAAGAAUAUGAAGCAUCGCGUCAAAUCAUCGACCUUCUUAGUGGAGGUGAUGUCGAUAAGGCGAAAUAUCCGGUGGAGGCGGCCAUCUUCGAAAAUCGACUCUAUAUGCGACCGAUUCUCAAUGCCGUCUACUACUACCUACUUACUGGCCAUAAAGUCGUCGUGCUGUUCCCAUUAAUGUACCAUCCCGACAAUUGGGCUGAAGGGGAAAAGAAAGUGGACAACAUCGUCGUCUUUGAGCAUCUUUGCCAGGCGGGCAUUGUCGAAUUUGUGGGCAUCCGGGGAGAUCAUCGCCGCGAUAUUUGGGUCCCAAAAUUAGCGCUGAAAGUGGAAGAGAACAACGCUCAGCUCAUUUCCUACUAUCCGCUGCUGGAGGAAUGUAGGGGCGGAGUCUUCGACCAAGCCUUUGAAAACCAGCCUAUCCUGACCACGAUACCGCCGAUAUAUCGUCAGACGAACCCAAUUCUGGUGUUCCCGGGCCGAAUCCCCAUCUAUUACCAUGAUUACACGAUAGAAAUUGAUGCCAAUAAGCCGACUGAGUUGACUGAGUACGGCGACGAUGUACAUGUGACGCGCAAGAACGACAACAACUAUGUCUGGAUCGAACCGAAACUCGUCAAAUAUAUGGCCGACACGGAUGGGAUGGUCGAUUUCUUCGCGCAGCAGUUGACGUUCAACGAGCAAUAUCGCUUGGUGCGUUUCCUCGAGACCCUUCUGUCGUGGGACAGCCCUCAACUUCGCCGAGCCUACCUCGCCUUUCGAUACAUUGCCGAACACAUUCGAAAAAUCUUUUUUGCACGAUGC